CUUCACCUCGUCGCGAACAACAAUCAGCUCUGGUUCUUUGAGUAUCGCAGCAAGUUGAAAGAGCUCACAGACAGACAGGUUUGGAAGAGAAAGUAAAGAGAAAGUGAAGACAGCAGUACCGGAUCAGGUCUGUUUCUGUCUGCUCUGCUCUGCUUUGUCUGUCUGCUCUACUCUACUCCGUCGCGAUGGUCCUUCUUCUUCUUCGCCAGCCGGCAGACCAGAAAUCGCACAUUGCGAAUCUCCCUCAGGCAGUCGAGGUUGAUCGCGAGGAAUCGUCGGUCGAUGAUCUCGUCAAAGCGAUCCAGUCCUCGACGCAUCUCGCUCCCUCGCGUCUCCGUCUCUUUCUGGCAUCGUCCAAGACCGCGCUGGUGCCAAAUUCCCCACUGAACGCCUACGACAUGCACGACGGCACCCGCGUCGUCGUCAAAGAUCUCGGGCCGCAGAUCAGUCGGCGCACGUUACUCAUGACAGCAUACUCGGGCCCGGUCGUCAUCCAUCUCUUGUUCUUCUACUGCCAGACGCUCUUUUACGGCACGAAAUUUCAGCACUCGGCCUCGCAGUUUCUCGCCUUCACGCUCAUCACCCUUCAUUUUGCCAAACGCGUAUUCGAAACGCUCUUUGUCCAUGUAUUUUAUCGCAUCACGGUCUCGUUCUACUCCAUUUAUGUCUACAUCUUGCAUUACUGGGUCUUGUCUGGAGUUUUCAUGGCGUACUACAUUUACUAUCCCACCUGUCUGCCCGUGCAGUACUCGACCUCGGCCAUCGACCACGCCGCCAGCAACCUCGCCGCGUGCUCGUCUUCGGUCUCGCUCAUGUCAUCCACCGCAGAGUCGGAAGAGACCAGCCUCUACUUUCUCUCCGCGGUCUGGAUCUUUGCCGAACUGUCGAAUUUCGAAACCCAUCUCAUCAUCGCAAACAUGCGUCUGCGCUUCCCGCGUCAGGCCGCGACCGCGCGAAGCAUGAUUGCCCGGCGCGCGCGCACGGCAAACGCGCGUCUGCUCGGCCUGCGCUCGCUCUCGUCCGCGUCCCAUUUUGCAUCCUCGAUGGCGCGCAGGUUCCCAAAGGGCUACGGCUUUGACUGGGUGUCGUGCCCAAACUAUUUCUUUGAACUGCUGGCGUGGACGAUGAUCACGCUCAUCACGCGCAGCUUCGCGUCGCUGCUGUUUUUAGUUGCGUCUGCCAUGCAGAUGUGGCGGAAGGCGGCGAGGAAGCACGAGAUGUACAAGAAAGAGUUUGGCGCAGAAUACCCCAAGUACCGAAAAGUUUUGAUUCCGUUUAUAAAAUGAGUUAUUGUUUGGUCUAUACACGCUACUUUGAGCUUUUGGUGUUUGUCUGUUUAUAUAUGUCGAUAUCCUGUAAUUAUAGUCCUAAUACGAUGCAUAUUUCCUUAAA